GGUCUCAGAAGGUGGCGGCGCUGCGCGGGGGCGGGGAGAGCCGGGUCGCAGGCCGCGCCCAGCUCAGAACGCCACUCCUGAUGCCCUCAACUGCCUCUCCUCUCUACUGGUCUUGCCCCUGUCCCUGGCACUCAGGGAGCGGAACCAGGCCUAAGAUCCUGGUUAUGGCUCUGGCUACCAUAGUGCAUGACACAUCUGAGGCGGUAGAGCUCUGCCCCUCCUAUGGCCUGUACCUGAAGCCCAUCACGAAGAUGACCAUCAGUGUGGCCCUCCCGCAGCUGCAGCAGCCCAGGAAGUCCAUCUCCAACUGGGAGGUAAUGGAGCGGCUCAAGGACAUGGUGGGCAACCACCAGUUCUCCACACUGCGCAUCUCCAAGAGCACCAUGGACUUCAUCAGUUUCGAGGGGGAGGUGGAGAACAAGAGCCUGGUCAGAUCAUUCCUAACCUGCCUGGACGGUAAGACCAUCCAGCUCAGUGGCUUCUCCGACAUCCUCAAGGUGCGUGCCACUGAGUUCAAAAUGGACCUCGCCACCUGCGCUGACUGGGACCUCUUCCUCAAUGCAAAGGAAAGAAAGGAGAUGCUGCCAGGGGAAUGGCCAGACACCAUCCACCUGGAGGGGCUGCCGUGCAAGUGGUUCACACAGAAGGAAUCAGGCUCAGAGAAGCCCAGCCAGGAAGUACUCAUCAAGGUGUUCGAGAAGUUUGGGGAGAUCAGGAAUGUGGACAUCCCCAUGUUGGACCCCUACCGGGAAGAGAUGACCAGUCGGAAUUUCCAUGCAUUCGGUUUCAGGGGACCCUUAAACUUUGAGGCCUACAUACAGUACUGCGAGUAUGGCGGCUUCCUUCAAGCUAUGAGCGCCUUGCGCGGGAUGAAGCUAAUGUACAAAGGCAAGGACGGCAAGGCCGUGGCCUGUAACAUCAAAGUUUCUUUUGAUUCCACCAAACACCUGGGAGAGGCUUCGAUUAAAAAACGGCAGCUGGAGAGGCAGAAGCUUCAAGAGCUGGAGCAGCAGCGAGAACAGAAGCGCAGAGAGAAGGAAGCAGAGGAGAGGCUGCAGGUGACGGAAAGGAAACAGAAGGAGUUGGAAGAGCUGGCGAGAGACAGGAAGAGGGAAGAGAAGCUUCACAAAAGACCGAAAAAGCAGAGGGACCGAGAGUUCUGGCGAAGUCAGAAGCAGCUGGAGAAGCUUCAGGCAGAAGAGCAGAAAAAGCUCCAGAAGAUCAAGCUGGAGGAGAGGAAGCUGCUGCUGGUUCAGAGGAAUCUCCAGUCCAUCCGGCUUUUGGUGGAGCUGCUGAGCAGAGCCAAGGCUGCAAAGCUGGAGAAACAGGAAGAGCAGGAACUGAGGCAGGCGGAGGUGGAGCACAAGGUGCAGGCGGAGCACAAGGUGCAGGCGCAGCAGCGGAGCACCCUGCUGCGCAAGAAGCCCCACAACAUGCACCCACACAAAGACCUGAUGCAGCCCAAGCGAGAUGUCCUGCAGACUGCAUUUUCUGGCAGCUCUGUCACCUGUGCAGCCAUGCCCCACCCCCUGGGGGGCCCACUGGCUCCCAGAACCCCCAAGGAGGCCCAGCCCCAAGUGGAGGCUGACUGCGCACCCAGGAACACCAUAGGCAGCGAAUCAGACAAGGUCUGGUACAAGGAGGCUCAGACUCCACUCCAUGUGGUUCUGGAGGGUGACUCCCUAGAGAAGAGGUGCCCAGGAGUCCUUACCCGAAUCCCCAAGGACAGCCAGCAGGCCAAGGGCAUUCACACCAGCAAACACAGUGUGCCCAAGGAGGAGGAUGGCUUGAAGCAGGUCAAGAAUAACUUGGAGCCCAGCAAAGGCCACAUGCGGGCCACACAGGAUAGGAGAGCUGAGGAGCCACACCCAUCCAACACAAGCUGGGCCAGAACCGCAACCAGCCAUAAAGACCUGAGGCUGCAGUGCAAGGAGCAACAGCCAGGCCAGAAGCUCUCGCACAGGGACCAGGGCAGCCCUGGCCUGCGGAAGUCCCACAGCAAAGAUGGGCACAGCCGCAGGGAGAGGAGCAGAGGGUACAGCGGACACCGCGAGAACUGCCAAUCCCCCAGCAGCCACCAAAGAACAGGGAACAGGUAAUGAAGGGCUGGGCCUCCCCAAGUCACUGCCCUGCAUCUUGUGGCUCUUGACUGCCUGUGUUAAAGCCAAGUUUCUUAUGCAGCCAAUGUCCCGAAUCCACAGUUCACAGUAAGACCGGGUACUGGAAACUCACUCUCGUUAGCCGCGCAUACAAGGCCGCAUUUGGCACACUAGUUUUAAUUUUCCUUUGUCACUGCUGAUCAGAGAAUGUGGCCCAUCCUCUAAUCAGGAAAACCACAAGGACCAACGAUGGUAAGAAGGAAGACUACAGAGCAGAAUUUGUGUGUGCCAGCCCAGUCCAGCGACGUCCUGCAGCUCCAAGUGCGGGACUGUGAGAAGUGAGGGUUUCCACAGACUCCCAAGGCCCAAUAUGUCUUGCUACGGUGGGCUUUUGCUUUUUUUAUCCUCUUCUUUCUGUAAUUUUUAAAUGACUGGUAGAAUGCUGACAGAAGAAGAUGACUGUGGCACAUUCAGUCCUGGUAAGAAACUGGAAAACUCAAAUGUGCCCUGCAUCUUGGGGGAGUGGCAGAGUGGUUGAUGCCCCUUGCCUUUAAAACACUUUUGACAGCUUCAAGUAUAACAGCAUAAAAUGGUUGGCUGAAAGAACUGGUUUUUAAGAAAGGUUAGAGUGUAUGGUUUUGUAAGAAGCCAUUUUUGCUACAUUAUUUUUACUUGGAAUGAUCCCAACAUAUUUAAGGCCGCAAACUUGUUAAAUUUUAAUUGUUUACAUCUCAAAAGUGAAGCUCUGGGAUACUUAAAGAUAGCUGUACACAUUUCCAUCAGAAGUCAUUUACUCCAGGUAGCGUUUUUAUGGUGAAAUAAAAUCCUUUUCUAAUGGAAAAAAAAAAGAAGACAAGGCAGAUGCACAUAUAAUUUUAGUUUCUUUCUUUGUGUAUUUCUAGAAGAGGAAAGUCUCACGAAGAAUAAAAACCAAAACAGCAGGUAAUUAAAUAUCACAAAGGAGCAGCUUGAAGGAACUUUUAUUGGGGGUGUUGAGCAAAAGGAAAGGACUGACUCAGGGAGAGAAAAUGACAAUAACAAAACUGAGGUAAGCAAUGACGGAAAGGUAUAAAAUUGUUUUGGAAAGAACAUGGCAUAGAAGAAAUCUAAAAAAAAUGGACAGUAUAUUCAGUUAGGGAAAGAAAACAAAUAAAUUCUAGCUCAACUCCUAAGGUGCUCUUCAGGCAACACCCUCGUCUUGUCCGAGUCUGGGUUAUACCAGGAAUAAAAUCAGUUUUAAGCUGUAUGACUCUAAGGUUUCUUUAGUUUUGAAAUGUUAUCUUGUGCAAAGCUAAAGAGACUGGAAAGAGGUUAGAAAUAAUUUAACUUUAACCCUACAUUCUGUUUAAAACAGUAUCUCUCAAAUAUCAUUUCAAUGUGUAACAGCUAUAAAAUAUUAAAUUUUGUAUAUCAGAA